GGAGCAUCUGAGGUGGUGAAGUCGUAAUAGCUCUUCAAGUCUACAAUUAAAAAUGGCCUCUAACAAAACUACAUUGCAAAAAAAUGGGAAAGAAACAAAAUGGAAAGAGUAAAAAAGUUGAAGAAGCAGAGCCUGAAGAAUUUGUUGUGGAAAAAGUACUGGACCGACGUGUAAUGAAUGGGAAAGUAGAAUAUUUCCUGAAGUGGAAAGGAUUUACAGAUGCUGAUAAUACUUGGGAACCUGAAGAAAAUUUAGAUUGUCCAGAAUUAAUUGAAGCAUUUCUUAACUCUCAAAAAGCUGGAAAAGAAAAGGAUGGUACAAAAAGAAAAUCUUUAUCAGACAGUGAAUCUGAUGAUAGCAAAUCAAAGAAGAAAAGAGAUACUGCUGACAAACCAAGAGGUUUUGCCAGGGGUCUAGAUCCUGAACGAAUAAUUGGUGCCACAGACAGCAGUGGAGAAUUGAUGUUUCUCAUGAAAUGGAAAGAUUCGGAUGAAGCUGACUUGGUGCUGGCAAAAGAGGCGAAUAUGAAAUGUCCUCAGAUUGUAAUUGCAUUUUAUGAAGAGAGACUAACUUGGCAUUCUUGUCUAGAAGAUGAAGCUUAA